AUGUCACCAAUUCCGAUAACAAUCAUAACCGGCUUCCUCGGCUCAGGAAAAACCACACUCCUCCUAAACCUCAUCCCGCAACUCCUCUCCCAAAACCCCUCCUACAAACUCGCGCUCGUGAAGAACGAAUUCGGCGAUGUAGCAAUAGACUCGCAACUCGCGUCCUCCUCCUCGAUAUCCGGCGUACGCGAACUUCUAAAUGGCUGUAUAUGCUGCAAUCUCGUCGGGCAAUUAGACACGGCGCUUGAAGAACUGCGGAAGACAGUGAAGCCUGAUCGCAUAGUGAUUGAGACGAGCGGGAGUGCGUUUCCGGCGACUUUGGCUAUGGAAGUGAACAGGUUGGCGCGAGAUACGAAGGCAUAUGCGUUAGAUGGCGUGGUUACGGUGAUUGAUGUGGAGAAUUGGAAGGGUUAUGAAGAUACGAGUUACACGGCGAAGAUCCAGGCGAAGUAUACGGAUUUGAUUGUGUUGAAUAAGUGGGAGAUUGCGGGGGAGAGGAGACUGGAUGAGUGUCUUGAUCGGGUGGGCGAUUUGGAGGUGCAGGUUGCGACGGUAAAGAGUGAUAAGGGGAAGGUGCCGGUGGAUUUGGUUUUCGGCGUGGAUGGUGCUUCGGCGAGGUUAUUGGGGGUUGAGGGUGCGGAGAAACAUCAUCAUGAUCAUGCGAAUGGACAUGAACAUGCGAAAAGUCAUCAGAGUGAGGUGGAGGUUCUGUCGAUAACACUUAUGGCUUCCUCACCGAGUUCAAAAAUCAACAAUGCAAAGCUCACGAAACUUCUUGAAAGCGCACCGAAAGAUGAAGUGUAUCGUAUUAAAUCAGUAUUCGCAUCUGCUUCACCAAUACCAGCACCAGAUUCCGAGUCAGAAAUUGCGGAAAGUGAGAGAUAUAUAUUGAAUUGGGCGUUUGGAAGAUGGACGUGCACGCCACUGAAAGGGGAAGAGAAUGUCUCGAGUGGAGGAGAGGGGGUAAUUUUACGAAUGACUAUGAUACUGGCACGGUUCGAAAGUAAGAAGUGGAAGAAGAAGAUUGAAACUUUAGGGUUUAUCGAGCUAGACGGUGAUGAAAAUGGCUCAUUGGUCGUUGAAAAUAUUAAUUGA